GUACCCACGCAGCCGCCACAGAGUGGUUGGCUCCGGCAGGGCCCACCUUAGGGUUUCGUGCGAGCCCUUCCUCUUGCUCCUCGUGUUCACGGUUCCAGCUCUCUUGUUUCUCAGAUCGCGACGCUGUUUAUUUCGCUGCGGAAUUCUCGCGGUGGACUCGCCGGCGGCGGAGGAUGGGGUCGAGGGCAUGGAUGAACCCGGCGCCGAACUACCAGCCGCUGGAAUCGACCUGGGAGACGGAUGAUGACGCCCCGGGCCCCCGGUGCAGCCACUCCCUCACCGCUGUGGCCGCCACCAAGUCCCACGGGCCCCGCCUCAUCCUCUUCGGCGGCGCCACUUGCAUCGAAGACGGCGCUUCCUCCGCGGCCCCGGGCAUCAGGAUCACGGGAGUUACGAAUUCGGUGCAUUCGUAUGACGUCGAAACCCGGAAAUGGACCAGGUUGCAUCCCGCGGGAGAAGCUCCCUCACCAAGGGCUGCUCAUGCUGCAGCAGCAGUCGGUACAAUGGUUGCUUUCCAGGGUGGCAUUGGGCCAGCUGGGCAUUCAACAGAUGACCUUUAUGUUCUUGACCUGACGAAUGAUAAAUUCAAGUGGCAUAGGGUAGUUGUUCAAGGACCCGGUCCAGGACCUCUGUAUGGACACGCAAUGGACCUGGUUGCUCAGCGUUAUCUUGUCACAGUCAGUGGAAAUGAUGGAAUAAGAGUUCUAUCUGAUACUUGGGCAUUGGAUACUGCACAGAAACCUUAUAGAUGGCAGAAAUUAAACCCUGAAGGCGAUAAACCGACAGCUAGAAUGUAUGCCACUGCAAGUGCACGCUCUGAUGGCAUGCUUUUGCUGUGCGGUGGAAGAGAUUCUUCUGGGACGUCUCUAUCUGAUGCUUACGGACUGCUUAUGCACACAAAUGGCCAAUGGGAGUGGACUCUUGCUCCUGGUGUGUCACCAUCUCCAAGAUAUGAGCAUGCAGCGGCUUUUGUAGGGGCUCGUUUGCAUGUUACUGGAGGUGUCCUCAAGGGAGGACGAAAUAUUGAUGGUGAAGCUGCCAUUGCUGUUCUAGACACUGCUGCUGGGGUGUGGUUGGACAGAAAUGGAAUAGUGACAUCUACUCGAACUCAUAAGUCACUAACUGAUCAUGAUAGUUCCUUGGAACUUCUACGCAGGUGUCGGCAUGCAUCAGCCUCUGUUGGGACUCAAGUAUAUGUUUAUGGUGGUCUAAGGGGAGAUGUGCUACUUGAUGAUUUUCUGGUUGCUGAAAAUUCUACUUUUCAAUCUGAAAUCAGUCCCUCAAUGUACAAUUCUGUAAAUUCCAAACCUGAUCAAAAUGUCAGUGUGGAUCAGAAAUCAAUUGAAAUGCUCACACAGGCUUCUGCUGCUGAAGCUGAAGCUGUCAGUGCUGUCUGGCGGGCUGCAAGGGAAGCAUCUGCAGAAAAUAUCUCAGAUGAUAGAGAUUCAGAAUCUCCAGAUGAAGUCUCAGCUACUGAUGAUCCCUCAUAUGUUUUUGAUUCCCUUGAGCCAGGUGUACGGCUGCAUCCUCGUGCGGUGGUGGUUGCUAAAGAAACCGUUGGCAACUUAGGAGGGCUUGUAAGGCAACUUUCACUGGAUCAGUUUGAGAAUGAGAGUAGAAGAAUGUAUCCAACGAAUGGUGAACAGACUAAUCCAACAAAAAAGUUCUUGAAUAGACAGAAAUCUCCUGAAGGCUUGAAUAAGAAGGUUAUAUCAUAUUUGCUCAGAACAAGAAAUUGGAAACCUCCUUCUAUCAGAAGAUUUUUUCUUGAUUCCUAUGAAGUAGGUGAACUUUGCCAUGCUGCUGAGCAGAUAUUUAGGCAAGAACCAACAGUUUUGCAACUAAAAGCUCCAGUUAAAGUAUUUGGUGAUCUUCAUGGUCAGUUUGGUGAUCUUAUGAGAUUAUUUGAUGAGUAUGGCUUUCCCUCGACUGCUGGAGACAUCACGUACAUAGACUAUCUAUUUUUGGGGGAUUAUGUGGACAGGGGUCAGCAUAGCUUGGAAACGAUAACAUUACUACUUGCUCUAAAAAUAGAGUAUCCAGAUAACAUUCAUCUGAUCCGAGGAAACCAUGAAGCAGCUGACAUCAAUGCCCUUUUUGGGUUUCGUCUCGAAUGCAUUGAGAGAAUGGGGGAAAGUGACGGGAUAUGGGCAUGGACACGCUUUAAUCAACUUUUCAACUACCUUCCACUUGCAGCUCUCAUAGAAAAGAAGAUUAUCUGUAUGCAUGGUGGUAUUGGGAGGUCCAUAAAUUCUGUUGACCAGAUAGAGAAGCUUGAAAGGCCUAUUAACAUGGAUGUUGGAUCUAUUGUUUUAAUGGAUCUUCUUUGGUCUGAUCCCACAGAGAAUGAUAGCAUAGAGGGUUUGAGACCAAAUGCAAGAGGACCUGGCCUUGUCACAUUUGGGCCUGACCGGGUCACUGAGUUCUGCAAAAGAAACAAGUUACAACUCAUCAUAAGAGCUCACGAGUGUGUAAUGGAUGGCUUUGAACGAUUUGCUCAGGGGCAACUAAUCACCUUGUUUUCAGCUACUAAUUAUUGUGGGACUGCAAACAAUGCUGGGGCAAUUCUUGUAGUUGGUAGAGGGUUAGUUAUAGUUCCAAAGCUAAUUCAUCCGCUUCCACCACCGAUGCAAUCGCCGGAGUCUUCACCUGAGCAUGUGCUAGAAGACACAUGGAUGCAGGAACUCAACAUUCAGAGGCCACCGACACCCACUCGAGGCCGGCCCCAAUCAGCUAACGACAGAAGUUCUCUGGCCUACAUAUAGCCACAGCUCAGUCCGCGCCAGUGACAUUUAUUUCAUAUUUGUCUGUGUACCAUCUGUAGAUGAUCAAUAAGCCAUAAAGUGAUCUUGUGUUUAUUUGUAGAACUAUAGAGUUGCAAAUUGGUUUCGGUAGAAGCCUUGUUUUAUAUUCGUUAAAUUAUUAUAAAGCUCUGCGUGCUGAUGGAGGUGUACAACUUGCCUUCAUGAAA